GACGACAUCAAGCUGUUCGGUACGGGUGCGACUUUGGAAGACUUAACGACCCGGCUGGAGUUGGCGGGCAACACGAUGAUCGACCACUUCAAUUACCCCUGCGCAGACUACCGAUUUUGCCUCUUGCGCUACCCGGACGCCAUUCCGGCGCCAGGCGACGAGGCGGCGAAAAGGCGAAAGAGUCGCCUUCUCCUCUCAGCGGUCGCGCGGCUAAAAACGGGUGAUGCACUGCGGCCCCCAGAGGUCCAACGCAGCAAGGACGAGACAGGCAGCUCAUACCAUGGGCGCACGAACUUCAGCAGCUACGCGACGGCUCUCGGUCUCCCCCUCACGAUCAAUAGCGAAGCCUGGCAAUGUUGGCUAAAGGCCAAAACCAAUGAGCUGCAAAUCGC